CUGAAGAAUAAACAAAAUAAAAUCUCGAGAUUUAGCGGUUUAGUUGAUUUCUUUCCAAGCCUUCAAGUGUCACACUUCAGCCAUUGUGAAUUUAUAGGAAAACUGAGCAGCCCUGCAUUUUAACACCUGAUACCGUUACCGAUCCGCUUGCUAUGCCAAAUUACGUUUUAUAUUAUUUCAAUGGACGUGGUAGGGCUGAAAUAUGCCGUCUGCUCUUUGAAGCGGCAGGCGUCAAAUAUGAAGACAAGAGAAUUGAGUUUUCGGAAUGGAAAGAGUUCAGAGACAAGAUGCCCAACUCGAUGCUGCCAGUUCUGGAAAUUGAUAGAAAAAUCCGAAUUCCUCAGAGUAUGGCUAUUUCCAGAUAUCUGGCAAGAGAAUUUGGUUUACACGGAAAAACCAACAUAGAAAUGGCUCGUAUUGAGUUCAUCUGUGACUGUUUUUAUGACAUAUUCAAUGACUAUAUGAAGAUGUACCACGAAAAAGAUGGCAGACUCUUGGCUUCAAUGGGAACUGACUGCCGUAUCAGGUCUUCAGAUUUGACAGGAAUCACCUCUGAAAUGCGACAAGCCUACAUGGAAACCUGUCGGAGAAUUUUGCCGUUUUUGGAAAAAACACUGAAAAUGUGCAACAACGGAGGCCAAUAUUUCAUGGGUUCUCAGAUAACAAUGGCUGAUCUGAUGUGUUAUAGUGCACUGGAAAACCCACUGCUUGAAAACCCAACCUUGCUCCAAGAAUAUCCUAAAUUGCAAGCCCUGAGGACUAGAGUUGCUGAACACGCUCAGUUAUCAAUAUAUUUCAAUAGACGUCACAAGACUGAUUUCUAGACAGAUCACACGACGUCGACGACAACGAGGACGCAUUUAUGGCAACGGCUACGAAAAUAAUAUUUAGUAACUUUACUAGCGUGAAAAAUCAUCUGUGACUAUGCUACGGAAUUAUUCGUCACAGUAUUAGAAUUAGCGUGGGAAUAAUAAUGAUAAUUGUUUUAUAAUUUAGGGACAAGGUCAGGAAUAUCUAGGGGAUUUGUUUCAUCCUAAUAUUUUAAAGGUGUUAUACUUUAUCGACUUCAGAACGAUAAAAGGUAAGGGUAAUCUCGGCGGGAUUUGCUCUCAGAAUGUAAAGGGCUGUCACUAUACUGCGUAGGCUGUUAUAAGAUGUCUACCACACCUGUCAAUCUGCCAUCUAUAGCUCUGUUGAGAAUAGUGUAUAUAUAUAUAUAUAUAUACACUCACAUAUAUAUAUAUAUAUAUAUAUAUAUAGAGAGAGAGAGAGAGAGAGAGAGAUAGAAGGGGAGAGAGAGUAAGUGAAAGAGAACUAUUACAGUGUGUGCAAUAGCAAAAAGCGUAGAAUGGCGAGGUAUGGUAAGCACGUAAGUUAGUUUACGUGCAAGUUUCAAAAGUUAACAUCGUGUGAUUUUGCCUUUUAGACAAUGAUAAAAUAAAUAUCAAUAACAUGACACCUUUGAUUCAAUUGACCGUAUCCCCUCUUCUGAAUAUGUGUUGAUUGGUGACAAAUCUUAAAAGGAAAUGAAUAUAUAUAUAUAUGUGAUAACAGUAAGAAUAGUAGGCGUAGGCGUAGGCGUAGUAAUGCUGAUUAUACGUACAUUAGUAGCAACAGCAUCCGCAGCCAUGUUGACUAUACACAAUAUAACAAUAGGUAAUGUAUUAGCAAUAGCUUAAAUACUAGACGUAGUGGUUGCUGUUGUAGUCGUUGCAGCUGUAGUGGUAGUAUUAGUGGUGAUAGUAUUAGUAGAGUUAGUAUUAGUAGUGCUACUAAAAUUAUAGUAAACAUGAACAUAUUUGAGAAAACAAUUUGAUCAAUGUUAAUGCGAAAACGAAACACCGAGGACUUAUUCAAAGGCAUUCUACUAUUAUUUACCUAUAAGUUAUUGUUUUGAUUUUUCUCGCGUGUGUGUGUUUCUCCAUUUAAGAAUUUUAUUGAUUAAAAAUAAAAGAAUUUGAAAGUCUUAAAACCAUUAAUAUUUUGAUUAUUAUGAUUAUUGUUAUUUUUCAUUUGUUAUUUGCUGCCCGUCAGGGUCAAGUUCGCAUUAUAUCAUUUUGUUGUCAAUAAAAUAAGCUACCAAUCAAAUACAAGGUCGAUAUAAUCGAUCGUUUUUGUGGCCUUGUACUGAUGUCAAAAUUUAA